AUGUAUUACACGUGGGACGAAGAUACGGACGCGGAGACCCCUGCACUUAUACUAUCAGGUGCGACUCCUAUCGCAAAGGAAAAAACAAAUGAAUUGAAGAAAUAUCUGAACUCGUACAAAGCGCCCGAAUCAAGAGAACAAGUAGAGCAUCGGUGGAUAGUGUUCAAUGACCUGCAGCAGCUCGUGAGGACCUGGAUCCGGGAGGAGUCGAUGAAGCAGGGCAUGUCCGAUGUAGCGGCAGACUCUAUCGGAGGCAACGUGUUCCCAUACGGAUGCUAUAAGAUGGGGGUCAACAUGGACGACAUUGACGCGCUGUGCUUUGCACCGCGAAAUAUACAGAGAGCUGACUUCUUUACGUCAUUCUACAACAUUUUGAAUGACCAUCCUAAGGUAACAGAUUUGCGUGUCGAUGGAAGCAGCUUCAUCCCUCAGAUUAAAAUGAAGUUCUGCGAGAUUAACAUAAACAUACCGUUCGCGAACCUGGGAGUGUCGGAGGUUCCAACGUGGUUGGACCUCCACGACGACAUGGUAGUGAAGGACCUCGACUUGGACUGCGUGCGCUCGCUGAACAUGUAUCGCCUGACGGACGAGCUCCUGCAGCUCGUGCCCGAUGUCAACAACUUUAGACUCACGUUACGCGUCAUCAUAUUAUGGGCAAAACGUCGCAGAAUUUACUCCAAGGCGCUCGGAUACUUGCACGACGUGUCGCUGGCCAUUCUAGUGGCCCACACGUGCCAGCAGUAUCCCAACGCGCUGCCAGCCAUACUGGUUCAUAAAUUUUUCCUCACCUUGAACCAGUGGAAGUGGCCGCAGCCAAUUCUGCUAAAGGACCAGGAAUCUCUCGACUUUGGUUUUCCUGUUUGGGACCCUACGACGAAUAUAAAGGACCUUUUCCAUCAAAUGCCCAUCAUCACACCAGUAUACCCGGAGUACAAUGCAAACUCCAACAUGUGCGAGGCCAACAGAUCCGUCGUCAUGGAGGAGAUCAGAAUUGGUCUGGCCACAACAGAUGACAUAAUGAGCUACCAAUGUGGAUGGGACAAGUUAUUUGAAGACACAAAAUUCUUCUCUCGCUACGAGCACUAUGUAGUAGUGCUGGCCUCCUCCACGACUCCCGACGACGAGCUGGAGUGGAGUGAGCUGGUGGAGUCUAAGAUAUCAGUCCUCGUAGAUUCUCUGGACCGGCAUCACCAGAUAGUCAUACCGCAUCUAAACCCGGAGUGCUACAGCUCUGUCUGCUCGGUACCAUUAAACAACAACGAACAGAGUCCAGCGAGCAAAUACUCUAUGUGGUUCGUUGGUCUAGUGUUUGAGAAGACAGCGCAACACGUAGAUGUAAAGUAUGAAACUGACAAGUUCACGAGCGCCGUCCUCUCCCAGGCGGCGAACUCAAACAUACGCGGAGAAGGAAAGACGAUUGCGGUUCGACACACGCCCCGCGAAGAGCUGCACCACUACUUACCUGGCUCCCUGCUGCCACGCCGGCACGCCUCCUGCAAGCCGAGCGCUCGCUCCGCGGCCCGAGCGACCCUAAGGAGAGCCAAGCGACCUUCAGAGACCAAUUCGAUGUCGGUGAAAGGAGAAUCUCACUACGUCAGGAAUACUUGUGGGCCGAAGAGCUGCACCAUUGCUACUUACCUGGCUCCCUGCUACCACGCCGGCACGUCCUCCUGCAAGCCGAGCGUUACUCGCUCCGCGGCCAGAGCGACCUUAAGGAUCGAGCCAAGCGACCUUCAGAGACCAGUGUUUCACUGCUCUGGUUCCUAG